AUGGCCAAGCUCUCUCGCGGUGCCCCCGGUGGCAAGCUCAAGAUGACCCUCGGUCUUCCCGUUGGUGCCGUCAUGAACUGCGCCGACAACUCUGGUGCCCGUAACCUUUACAUCAUCUCCGUCAAGGGUAUCGGUGCCCGCCUCAACAGACUGCCCGCCGGUGGUGUCGGUGACAUGGUCAUGGCCACCGUCAAGAAGGGAAAGCCCGAACUCCGCAAGAAGGUCCACCCCGCCGUCAUCGUUCGCCAGUCCAAGCCCUGGAAGCGUUUCGACGGUGUCUUCCUGUACUUCGAGGACAACGCCGGUGUCAUCGUCAACCCCAAAGGUGAGAUGAAGGGCUCCGCCAUUACCGGCCCCGUCGGUAAGGAGGCUGCUGAGCUCUGGCCCCGUAUUGCCAGCAACUCUGGUGUCGUCAUGUAA